GAAAAAGAACCGUCAGUGACGUAGUUAGCCGUUAGUAAAUGGCGGUGAUGAUCAGGGCCAGUAAACAUUUCCACAAAUUUAACUGUCGGGUCUCGUGCCGGGCUGGUUGAAAAAUCGCCGCCUCGACGACGAGAGCGGACCGGACGACGGCGGGAAGGGGCUGCGGCGUUAACUCAGUCAAAUAAGUUUAUUUAAUGGAGACCGAAGAAGGCGAGCUGGACUCGGAGUCUGAGGUGGCAGAGCUCCGGGUCAAAGUGGAGUCUCUGAAGCAGGAGCUGAAGGAGUGCAGGGCCGAGCUGUCCAAGCUCCACAAACAGCUGAGCCAGUCCGAGAGGCUGCAGCGGAGCACCGAGAGCUACAACGAAGACCUGAGGAGGCAGGUUGACCAGCUGAGUGCUGAGAUUCAUGAACGGAAGAAGAAGGAAAAAGAUCGAGCUGACUGUGAAACUCAGACCGAGGAGUAUGUCUGGACAGAAACUGAUUAUUAUAAUUACUAUUAUGGAGGCAACAGUCAGACCACUGAGAUGGAAAACACUCAGGAGUGUGUUGGUGCAGAAGCAGCAGUGGAAGCAGCUCCUGGCAGUGAGACAGCUGAGAUUCAAACGGCAGCUGAAGUAGCAGCUCCAGAUGUUUCUUCUCAGCCAGACGGCAGCGUGGCAGUCACCACCGAGGAGGGCGAUGCCGGGUCCAUCGCUGACAUGUUGAGAGCCACUGCCGAGGAGGCGAUGACACAGACGGGCUUUGUGUUUGAUGAGACUACUGGGAUGUAUUACGACCACAGCACCGGCUUCUACUACGACUCGGCCAGCCAGUUGUACUACGAUGCCAGCACGGGUAUAUACUACUACUACGAUGCAGAGAGCGGCCGAUACCAGUUUCACUCUAAGAUCGAGGUCCCUGCUGCUCAGACGGUAGCGGUGUCCGGCCAAGAAAACAGUGCUGCUGAUAAGAAAGUCAGAAAAUUCAAGAAAGGGGUGAAGAAAACAUCGUACCAAGACGACACGGACGGGAGAUAUAAUGAUGCAAAGAUGGAAGAGGAAGACGAGUGGGUGGAACGACCAACUGCCAAACGAAACGCAGAAUCUAAAAAGCUGAGGCAAAGAUCUUGCAGUCCCGACGCGGCUCCGCGCCGAAGAGACUCCAAACGCCGUGAGGAAAGAGACAGAUCUUCACCAAGGAGGAAGAGGCACAAAAAUGGUUCUCACCACAAAAAAUCACGAAAAAAAGGGAAGAAGUCCAAGUCUGAAAAGCGCAAAAAGAAGAAGAAGAUAUGCCAAAGUGAUGGGUCUGAGGUGAACAGUGAGCCAGAGGAGGGUGAGCUCACAGAGUCCGAGAAAGAGAGGUCGGACUCUUCGCCCUCGUCUUCACCAUCUUCAGUCUCUGCCUCAGAAGAAUGUCCCGAACCAGAACCAGAACCAGAAAUAGAAAUGGAGAUACAGAGUCAAGAAGUUUGGCCUCCUUGCGUUCGGGUGACAGUCGUCAGGUCUCCAGUGCUGCAGGUUGGCACUUUGUUCAUCAUCACUGCCGACUCUUCAGCCAGCAUCGGCAGAGAGAAAGAUAUGGACCAUGCAAUCAGAAUACCGGAGAUGGGAGUCAGCAAGUUUCAUGCAGAGGUGUACUUUGACCAGGAGCAGCAAGCCUACAUGCUGGUGGACCAGGGCAGCCAGAAUGGAACGGUCAUCAAUGGGAACCGCAUCUUCCAACCCAAGACUAAAUGUGAGCCACAUGCGCUGAUGCACGGGGACGAGGUGAAGAUGGGGGAAACUGUGCUGUCCUUCCACAUCCACUCGGGGACCGAUACCUGUGAUGGCUGCGAGCCGGGUCAGGUGAUGGCUCACCUCAGCAAGCACCGCAGAGACGAGCAGACCGGUCCUGCACCUCCUAAAGAGGAUAAAGAGUCACUGAGACAGAAAGAGCUCAAGAACAUGAAAGCCAAAUAUGGCCUGCAAAGCAGCGAAUACGAAGAGGCCAAAACCCUGAAGAACUCCAAGUACAAGGACCGAGCAGAGUCCCGGCGCCAGACGGUGGGCAGUGAGGGCGUCUUCCAGCGAGACGACGCACCAGCCUCUGUUCAUGAGGAGAUCAGCCAAGUCAAUAAAGGACGUAAGAUGCUGGAAAAGAUGGGCUGGAAAAAAGGAGAGGGACUGGGGAAAGAAGGGAAAGGGAUGAAGGACCCGAUUCAACUAAAAGUCAGAAAGUCUCAGGCGGGCUUGGGAGCGGGGAACACCAUGUCCGUAGACGACGUUUCUUUAACCAAGUCCAAGUCUCAGAAGAACUGGGAGAAAGCACGGGAGAGGUUUGCAGACUCAUGCCAGGCCGACUUGCUGUCACCAAAAACAGAGAAUAAGUCGCCCAAGGCCUGGGUCAAAUCCGAGGACACGGACGCCACGCAGACCAACGAAACCGGCGGGCAGAAUUAGACAAAGAGCAACAUAUAUAUUUCGGAGAUUUUAAAUGUACAGAAGAAGUGUAUUUCACCCUGGAGGAAAAGUAAAAUGUUUAUUCUCUACUCGGAUACUGUGAAGAAUCCAGUCAGCUGAAUGGGACCUGUUUCACUCUCGUUCUGCCGUCGAGUGUUAUGUAUGAACCAAACUGAAUAGUAUUUACUACAGUGUGUCAGACUGACAUGGACUCAGAGGGGAGUGUUGUGCUGCGUUGUUGAACCUGUCAGCAGUCGGACUCAGCAGAGGACAGAUCUACCACGACACAGAGGACGUGAACCGCCUCCAGCAAAUAUUGACACUGUGACGCUGUAUUUCUCACAGUGAGAUCACGAUUUGGUUCUGUCCAGAUGACGUAACGUAACCGAUCACAUUCAACCAGUCAGAAGCGUCACGAACUCCUUGUUUAUUUGUAUUUUUAAAGGGACAAAUUAAAAUUUUCAG